UGGAGCCGGGCUCUGCCCCCGCGCUGGAGCGAAACGGCGCUGGGCCGGUCGGGCUUCCUCCGGGCUCGCCUGAGCUCUCUCCUCUGGGGCCAUGGCGGGCAGCCUGCGGCAGUUCGCGCUGGUGGGCACUGCGGUUGCCGUCACCGGCGGGGUCGCCUACGCUCUUUGGCAGAGUUACUUGUCCUCCAAAGGGCCUCCGGGGCGCGAAGAUCGGCAGUCUCGGCUCCGGCUCGGGGCGCAAGAAAGAGGAGCAGGCCCGCCGGCGGGACAGGAUAAACCAUCCAGCAAGCAAAUCUUGGUUCUAGGCUUAGAUGGGGCUGGAAAAACCAGUGUUCUCUGUUCGCUAGCAACUAACCAAGUAAAGCACAACACAGUUCCCACCAAAGGCUUCAAUGCAGUGUGUGUCAAUACAGAAGAAACAAAGAUGGAAUUUCUAGAAAUUGGGGGCAGUGAGUCUUUAAGAGAGUAUUGGAAGAUGUAUAUGCCAAGAGUCCUGUUGCUGAUCUACGUUGUGGACUCAGCAGAUCAUGAACGCUUCCCAGUUGCAAAAAAACAUCUUCAUCAGUUGGUCCAGAAUAACUCAACUUUGCCUGUAAUGAUUCUAGCCAAUAAGCAGGAUCUUGAAGGCGCAUAUGGUAUCACAGACAUUCAUGAUGCUUUGGCUUUAUCUGAAAUUGGAGAUGAAAGGAAGAUAUUUCUGAUUGGUACACAUGUGGCAAAAGAUGGCUUAGAGAUCUCUUCCAGCUUGAAAGAUACCCGGGAACUGAUUGCACAGCUGGUGUCAGAAAUUCUGUGAUGGGAACUGGAAUGGAAUACCAUAAUAGGACAUACAGUAGCAACUAUGAGUAGCAUCACUUCAAAACUUGGUGGCAUCCCUCAGAUACAGAAUUGCUAUGAAAAUGAUUUUGAAAAUGAAAUCAUUUUUUGUUUAAAUGUGCUUUAGCAAAAAAGGCCAGUACACUCUUGGAUUUAGUGCAUCUAUAGGGGCCCACAGUUGGUACAUCUCAAAAAAUCAUAUGUAUUUCUCUUAAACUGAUUUCUUUUACUAGGAGAUUAUUUAUAUUCAAUCACUCUUUUAAUUUAAAUACAUAUUCCUGCAUCAGCUUUCUUUAAAACAAAAACCUAUUGUGUAGCACUUCCGAGGAGGCCAAAGUUGCUAGGCCUGGUUAAAUAAUGAUUUCCUCUGAUAUACAGGGCAUAGAGAAAAUACUGUAUCUUAUUUUAAAUGAGUGUUUUAGGGACUAGAGAUUUCAUAUUCAAAUAACUGUAGGGGUACUUAUUUCUUACUGUGAAAAUUUGGAGGACAUGUAGAGGAGUACCUACUCCUGAUCUUUCCUUAGAAUACUCCAAGGAACAGUAAUUGAACAGAACUACUCUACAGUUUUCUUGAUAUUAUCUCAGUAUUGCAGAAUCCAAUCCUGGAAUUUUAAAAAACAGGAUAGAUUAUUGAUACUGUUGAACUUUGAUGUUGGAGAAGACCUCUGAAAAUAUCAUGUUUAGCCAAGUGAAUUGAUUAUGGAACAAAUCCAGAGACCUCACUUGAAGCACAAAUGACCAGGCUCAAAUCACCGUAUUUUAAACAUUAUAUGAAGACUUAGUCUCUUGAAAAGUCUAUAAUGCUGGGAAACAUUGAAGGAAAGAGGAGAGGAUGAUCAACAACAGAGUGGAUAGAUUUGAUUACAGAAGUGAUGGGCGCACCAUUGGAAGGACUGAAUGUUGAGGACAGAACAUCCUGGAGAAGGUUUAGAAGAUAAGCACCUAAAUCUCCACUAAAUUGCAUGCUCAUGUUUCACCAGCUUUAAUGUGUGAUCAGUUAGACAUAGCUUCCACUUUAAAAAUUGAUUCAACCAA